AUGGCACCUUGUGAGUCUGUUGUUAAUCUUCCAGUUGGUUUUAAAUUUCGUCCGAGAGAUGAUCAACUAUUGGGAUAUUAUCUUCUUAACAAGGUUCGUGGCACAUCCUUUAUGUAUGACAAUGUUAUUCCAGAAAUGGAUCUUUAUGGUAAGAUAGAGCCAUGGGAUAUAUGGCAUGAAUAUGGUGGACACAACUUAGCCAAAAGUGAAGACCUUUAUUUCUUCACCAAAUUGAAGAGCCUGAGUGACAAGGACUCCCGCGUGGCUCGCACGAUAGGGUCCGGGACAUGGAAAGGUGAGAACUCAGGGACCACAGUCAGUGAUCCGAUGAAUGAGGAGAACGAUUUAGGUAUAUGGAAAAGGUUUCAUUAUGAAAACCCUAAAUCUGUUCAAGACGGUUGCUGGAUUAUGCACGAGUACAGCCUUCACCCUUCAUUGGUGAAGCCCAAACCAAACUCAACCGAUCAGUUUGUGCUGUGCCGGAUUCGAAAGAAUGACAAGGGGAAGAGAAAGUUGAUAACUGCAGAAGAGGAUAAUGAAACUGACAAACCAGUACAAUCUCAAAAUAAGAGGCAAAGGCCGCAACAAGUGACUAGCUUUGAGGAAUUUAUUGGUAAUUGCACUCCCAUGUCUGAGGCUACUGGAAUUGAUGGGAGUGUUUCAUACUUGCCAACUGGACUCACUCAAUCUCAGCCGGACAGCUCUUUUGCAACUGUGGUCUCUUCCCAAGCUAGGGAAAACUAUACUGAUGACGUCAGCCAAUUUCAUGGUGGCAGUGAUGGCGAUGCCCUAAUGAGCGAUUUCUCACAUUUGGACACCGCACCACCAUUCACGGAACAAGCCUUGGGAUCAGUUUGUAACCAAGAGAGGGCGUCAGAUGUUUAUGAGACUCAACAAGGCCUGGGCCUCAUUGACAAUAAUAUUGGACAUUGGCCUAAUCCAUUUGGUAGUGAAGAAGACCAAGUCAAUGUGCUCGACUUCUGGAUGGAUUAUGAUUUACUCAACCACUUGAUCGACUAUGAUGAUGAUAAUGAUGGUCCGCAGCAAUCUUCCACAGCACAGUUUAUGGGAAUGGGAAUGGAGAACACUUCUACAGCAAGUAGUGAAGCUAAUAUGGUCAUCAUAGAUUGA